AUGACAUCCUCAGCAAUCAAGCGCUCAUUUGCACGAAGAAUCGACGCGGGGAGGAAACGCAAGAUGGUAGAGACGAGCGGUAUUGCAACGUGGAUGGACCUCUUCGAUGAGGAGCAGCACUUCCAGCGAAUAGUGGUGAAGCGAGCUCUCCACUCACCAUUGCUACUCAACUCGAUCUGUGCACUGACGACAAAGCAACUCAGCCUGCUUGACGGAAAGUGGGCAACGCAAGCACAAUCUACCGCGUCUACGUAUUACGGCGAGGCCCUCCACCAUCUUAUCGCUACUCUCGGCGACCCUCGAUCUAAUCCUGUACCCAUUGCAGAAACGCUAGCCGCUACAAUCCUGCUCAGUAGCUACGAGCUGCUGGUCUGCCCUGGAAUGGACCAUCGACGUCAUGUCUCCGGGGCACUAACGCUGAUCCGAACACAUGGGUGUAAUGCUGCCUCUGGGGGAAUGGCCGGUGCAGCGUUCUGGGUAUACGUGCGCCAGGAUGUCGCCAUGGCGCUGGUGCACGAGUGUCCUACUAUGCUUGCUCCGGAGGAGUGGUGUGUCUCUUGGACUAUGCCAGAAGAACGCGAUGAUUGUCUCGGGAACCAGAUGGUCUGGCUGUUGGCCAAGGUGGUUGGAUAUACGUAUGACAAGUCCAACGCUGCAGCAGAGUCGGGAGCUCAGAAAGAGUCACUGAAGAACGACUUGCGUUCUUGGUACGAAUCUCUACCUUUGCACUUCAAGGGCAUGGAUAUCGGACUUGCUACAGCAGAAGCUGGAGGGCGUAUGUUCUUUGCUAUCCCAUCAACAGGUGAGUUGUAUUUCUUCAUUGCGAUGGGGCUGGAUAUACCUGGGCUUACUAGUUCAGCGGCGGCGAUGUGCACGUACCAUCUUGCGCACAUUCUUCUCCUUGCCGAAGGACGUAAUGCUGCACCAGUAAUUGACCUGGAGAGCCAGGCCCAGUUAAACGCCCAUGCGCAGAGAAUCCUCACCGUGUGCUCCUCCUCGACAUCCGAUGGUGCUUUGGUACAAGCAGUCCAGGCGCUGUAUCUUGGUCAAUACCUUUUCCCCCAAGGUUCAUGUCCAAAGCACUAA